CAUCCGCUGCGGCCUUCACGCGCCGGGACGGGACGGGACGCCGCCAUGGACCUGCUUCUCUUCUCCGCCGAGCUCCGACCCUCACUUCCGCAGAUCAAGGAUCAAGUCUGCACGGAGUUGCAGCCUUGUCCAUCUCUGCAUCUGAUCCAUGCAGGCAGUUUGCUGCCUCACCAAGGUAGGCACUACGGGUGUGAUCGAAGGGGUUCAAGGGCAUGCCCACCAAGGCGCUCAACAUUGCCAACAUCAAGCCCCCUAUGUUUCCAAGCAGCAGGCAACCUCCAUCAACGAUCGGGACCCCAUGCCCAAGGUGACGAGGAGGACACCGUCGAGUCCGACCUCCACCUCGACCAUUACGACGCCCAACAAGGUCAAUCCCUACUUUACAGGAGUUAUGGUAAUAAUUAACUCUAAGAUGUCACUGUUGUGUCAUAGAAAAGAUGAUAUAAAUUUACUAUUGUACCCAAAUUUGGAAUAUUGCUGCAUAAUGAAGCGGUUUGAUCACUAGUACAGUAGUUUGGUGAUAGAUA